AUGAAGCCGACGUCCACGCCGGUUGCGUCGAGGGCGUCCACGACGGCCUCGCGCGCGGCGAGGGGGACGACGCUCGCGUCCAGGGCGUCCACCACAUUCGCGUGCGGCGUCUACGUCGCGGGACGAGACUUGAUGAACUCGAAGAACUGGGCGAGGUGUUUGGAGCGCAUGCACGCGCGAGAGGAUGAUUCGGUGAGGCCGAGUGAAACGACGAAAGUGGCAGCUCCGGCGGCUAACUCGCGCUCGUGGCUGGAUAGAGCGAGAACGUACGCGCGCCUGGCGCAGCUGUGCGUCUACUUCUCUCCACUCGCUCUCUUGGCGCCAAUAUUGCUUCGCGAUGGGUGGAAGUGGGGAAACGAGCUCUGGUAUGGGCUAUUUCGUAGGGUCUUAGAGGCGGCGGGGCCGGCGUUCAUAAAGUGGGGGCAGUGGGCGUCGACGAGGUACGACAUCUUUCCCGCCCCGCUCUGUCGCGAGCUCGAGCACUUGCAAGCGGGCGCGCCGGAACACAGCUGGAGAGAGACGAAGAAAAUUUUGGAACGAUCGUACGGAGUUGGGGCGGACGGGAGUACGAGCAGGUUUGAGGAGAUCUUCGAAUGGUUCGACGAGAAGGCGCUCGCGAGCGGAAGCGUGGCGCAGAUUCACCGCGCGAGGCUCAAACCAGGGGUCGCAGAAGAGCAUCACACUGCGACGGAGUUCGCCUUGCGCCUCACGCGCUCGGUGGGUGCGGGAAUCGAGCUGAUGAUGAGUGGACAAGUCUCAAGAGCGGCGGCUGGGAUGUUGGAAGAGUGGCGAGACGGCGCCGCGGGUAUCGGUAGAGAAGUGGAGCGUCUCGUUAACGGGCGAAUCCGACGAGGCGGUCAGAAACGCGAAGUUGCGGUGAAAGUUCGACACCCUGGAGUCGUAGACGCUCUCACACGCGAUUUCGAAAUUCUUUCGUGGAUGGCGACGCUGUCGAAGAACAUCAAAUGGCUCGAGCCUCUUCAGCUCGAGAACACGAUUUCGCAGUUCGGGGUGCACAUGUUGCAGCAAGUCGAUUUCAGGCACGAGGCAGAAAAUUUAGACAAAUUUCGCAAGAGCUUUUUGCUCAUGCCGGCGGUGAGUUUCCCGACGCCAAUCAUGGGGUUAGCCACGGAGGAGAUCUUGGUGGAGACGUAUGAGCAGGGCGUGAGCAUAGCUAGUUAUCUCCUCUCGCCCGAAGCCGCCAAGGAACAACUGGGCAACGCGCAGAAUAAGACGCUGGCGGGUCUGGGAGUGAAGACGCUGUUCAAGAUGCUGAUAGAUGACAACUUUUUGCACGCAGAUCUGCACCCGGGCAACAUUUUAGUUCGAUUGCCGGAUGGCGUCGCCCACACGCUUUCGAGCAUCGUGCGUGGCAACGCGUCGACGUCGCUGAAAGACCAUGACGAUCUAGAUGGUCACGGCACCACCCUUUCGGACAACACACCAGAAAUCAUCAUCCUCGAUACCGGUUUGGCCACUAAGUUGUCGCCUUUCCACCAGGCUUCACUGGCAAAGAUGUUCCAAGCCAUUGUCACCUGGGAUGGCUCGACUGUCGCCGACUCAAUCCUGUCGUUCGCCGAUAAUGUCAAGGCCAACUACGAUUACACCGAAUUCAGAAAUGAAAUCACGAAAACGGUGUCGAAUUUCGCCGCCACCACUCCGCGCGCGGGAGAGUGCAUGGGGGCGAUAUUCGAGACGGUUCAAAAGUACCAUCUGUGUCUCGAUCCAAACGUCAUGAUCGCCGUCGUCACGGUGAUGGUUUUGGAAGGAUGGCAGUGGCGCUUGGACCCGACUGUGAACAUCCUCGACUACUUGGACGACGUUCUCACCGCAAACGCUCGUAAGUACGCGAGAUUAGCCAUCGCAGAUUACGCGAUGCGGGACAUGUGGGCUCCUUUUAGCGAGCCAAAUUCAUUUUCGCGCGCCGCCGCAGACCCGAUGGCUGCGUUAAAGUCGAUCGAUGACGACUUCUCCACAGCCGCGGUCUACGGAAUGGCAUAG